GCCACGGAGUGUUUCGAAGCUGCGCUCUGCCAUAAGACCAACUCCCGCGCCGAGACCUCACUUGAACUGGUUCAGAUGGAGCCAAUCGAGUCCAAGUCUGAGGGGGGCUUGGAAGAGCAGGCGGGCUUGGUGGAUGCUUACCUGAAGGUCGUGCGGGACGCUACGGAGGCGAUGCCCAUGCAGGACGAGUUCCGACGGCUCUCCCAGCGCAUCUCGGCUGAGAAGGCGAGGCUAUCUUCAGUCGCGAACGAGGCUUCACACAUUAUCUCUUUACGGAGCGCGGCUGCCGAUUGGAAGCAGAUCGACUCCGAGAUUGGUUCUAUGGAGGCUGCAUCGGCGCUGCGCCUUGCGCCUGAGAGCAGGGCCCCCAGCGCGGCCAAGGAUGCUUUCGCCAACGUCUCGAAGACCAUGGGCGGCCCCGAAGCAUUAGACUCCGAAGCGGACAAGGCCAAUAUCGCCAAGGUGCUGACAGCCCUCGAGAAGCUCGUGGCCAAAGAGGACCAGGCUGCUGUCGACAACGCAUCCAAGACCUGGCAGAUGGCUCGGGAGUGCGACGACAGCGCUAAGAUCAUCACUGGAAAGAUCGGCAAACAAAACAAGGUGUCCCAGGGAGAGGUGUCUACUGCCAUCGCGACGUGCUCGCGACACCUCCUGGAGUUCCGCAAGCUGGCCGCUGUUUCGGGCUGGGCUAGGUGCUCUUGGAAGGGCUCGUGCAUUGAGAAGCGGGCGGAGUCCUUGGCGAAGCUCAUCACCCAGGUCAAGACCGACAUCUCCGGGAACGCCGCCAUUUCCAAGUUCAUGGAGUGGCUCAAGGACGCGCCCCCCGCGGCGCAAGUCAGGGGCUCCCAGCGCGAGAACCCCAUCGCUCUGAAGUCGGACACGUGGGAUGGCAUGAUCCAGCAGCUG